AUGCAAACACUGCUGCUCUUCGUAGCCGUUAUCUUCCUUCCUAACACUCAAACCAACUUCUAACUUCUAGUAUUCAGUAAUCUUUCGGUUCUGUAUUCUGCCGUCUCCACAAAAGCGUAGUUUGCAAGCAUAUACCUUUAUUACACUAAGAUCUAUAGUUCAUUGAAGAAACUUUCUAUAGAGCAAAAAUGGCUGCUACUUCAUUGUUAUCCUCAUGCUGCAUGCAUAUGGGAACGGCUCCUCCCAAAAUGGCUGCAAAUUAUUUGAGCUCUCAGCCAUUUGAUCAUCUGAAGUUAAGGUCAUUUGGGGGUCCGGAAUCAUCAGAAAAAUUAAAACUUUUGCACAAAGGUGAUGAGUUCCUGUGCCGGGUUGCUCAAGUUGAAAGAGUGCCAUCCUUCUCUGUGGGGCAAAAGUUUCAGCUUGAUUAUGUGAUUGAAGCUCAGCAAUUUGAUAGAGAUACACUUGGUGCCAUAUUUGAAGUUGCAAGGAACAUGGAGAAUAUUGAAAGGAGCCAAAUCCUAAAGGGAUAUCUCAUGGCUACCUUGUUCUAUGAGCCAUCAACAAGAACUAGGCUUUCAUUUGAAUCUGCAAUGAAAAGGUUAGGUGGGGAAGUUCUCACAACUGAAAAUGCAAGGGAGUUUUCCUCCGCGGCUAAGGGAGAGACGCUUGAAGAUACGAUAAGAACAGUUGAAGGUUACUCUGAUAUAAUCGUGAUGCGCCAUUUUGAAAGCGGAGCUGCCAAAAGAGCAGCAGCACUGCUGGAUGUUUAUACCAUUGAAAGAGAGAUUGGAAAACUUGAUGGUAUUAAAGUUGGACUCGUCGGAGACCUUGCUAAUGGAAGGACGGUUCGGUCACUAGCAUACUUACUUGCCAAGUAUAAGGAUGUGAAAAUUUAUUUUGUCUCUCCUGAGGUGGUUAAAAUGAAGGAUGACAUAAAAUACUAUUUGACAUCAAAGGGUGUGGAGUGGGAGGAAAGUGGUGACUUGAUGGAAGUGGCUUCAAAGUGUGAUGUGGUUUACCAAACUCGCAUUCAGAAAGAGAGAUUUGGAGAGAGAUUUGACCUUUAUGAAGAAGCAAGAGGCAAGUACAUUGUGAAUCAAGAUGUUCUGAAUGUGAUGCAAAAACAUGCUGUGGUUAUGCAUCCUCUUCCUAGACUUGAUGAGAUUACUGUGGAUGUUGAUGAUGAUCCAAGAGCUGCUUACUUUAGGCAAGCAAAGAAUGGUCUAUAUAUUAGGAUGGCCCUUUUAAAGGUUUUGCUUCUUGGUUGGUAAAAUGUUGCAUUUACUUUCCAAAUGCUGUUCCAACCUCAAGUUGUUUCAGGUGUAAUUGGUACAUUUUAUGCUGUUGUCUCCCUUCAUGGGAAUAUCUAUAGUAGUAGUAAUAAAAAUAUAAAAUACUAGUUUUGGUAGACAUUAGUAAAAUAACUUGUGAAAUGCAACCCAUGUUUUCUUUUUCCUAGCCAAAAUAGAA